AUGGGAGGUUCAUGGGAACGCAUGAUUGGUCUGACUAGGAGGAUUCUUGAUUCCAUGCUGCUGGAUCCAAAUGCCAAACAGUUAACUCACGAGUCCUUAACUACUUUCAUGGCAGAAGUGUGCGCCAUUAUGAAUUCCAGACCUUUGGUACCGAUUUCUACAGAUCCGGAAUCAACACUCGUACUCAGUCCUGCGAUGUUAUUGACAGGAAAAGUUAACUUCUUACCUGUUUUACCAGAAAGCCUCGACACAAAAGACAUGUUUCGUGCACUAUGGAAACAUGUACAAGUACUCUCCGACAUAUUUUGGAAACACUGGAGACGAGAUUACCUACACAAUCUACAGUAUCGACGCAAAUGGAAAGAUGACCGACCAAAUUUGAAAAUCGGUGAUGUAAUUCUUUUGAAAGAUGCAGCAGUGAAUCGCGUCAACUGGCCUUUAGGUGUGAUAACUGAAACCUUUGAAAGCAGUGAUGGUAAAGUCCGCAAAGCUCGCGUUCGUGUUGGAAAGGAUGGACGGAAUGUAAUUUACACGCGUCCUGUAUGUGAAAUGGUUUUCCUUACAAGUGGAUAG